GGGGGCUCGCCCGGUGCCGACGCUCUCGGCGGGCCGGCCUCAGGCGGCGGCUUGGGCGGACCCGGCCCCUUCUCCCUCGCCGCCUGCGGGAGAAGCCGCGGCCUGAGGCCGGCCUGGAUGCUUCCGCUGGGGCAGUUGCUCACAGCCUGUCCCGCUGGCCGCCUUUGUACGUCGUGCUUAAUUGAUUUGAUUAUUGUUCCCUUACGGGACGCCUUGCUGACAGCCUCAUUGCUCGGUGGACACGGUGAAAGCAGAACCUGAGCAUUGCUGUGCUUUAGGGCAAAGUGCGAGACGCGUCGCCUCCUCUCCCAGCAGCCACAGGUACCUCAUUCUUCAGUGGGACUUAAUUAUAUACUACAGUUACACAUUUAUUGGCCAAGCAAACAUCUCCUACUGUGUGUUUUAGUUACUCCAUGGAUUCCUGUGGGCAGCUCAGAGCAGAAGAUAAGCAGUCGGUGAUGAACAGAAUGCAGAAGAAGUACUGGAAGACUAAACAGGUCUUUAUCAAAGCCACAGGAAAGAAGGAAGACGAGCAUGUGGUUGCAUCUGAUGCAGAACUGGAUGCUAAGCUUGAGGUUUUUCACUCCAUCCAGGAGACAUGCAAUGAACUUCUGAAGAUAGUUGAGAAAUAUCAGCUAAGACUCAAUGUUAUAUCAGAGGAAGAAAAUGAACUCGGGCUCUUUUUAAAGUUCCAAGCAGAACGGGACACCACUCAAGCUGGUAAAAUGAUGAACGCAGCUGGCAAGGCUCUGUGCUCUUCAGCCAAGCAAAGAUUGGCCUUGUGCACUCCCCUGUCUCGUCUUAAGCAAGAAGUAGCAACGUUCAGCCAGAGGGCCGUUUCUGACACUUUGAUGACCAUUAAUCGUAUGGAGCAGGCUCGCACGGAAUACAGAGGAGCCCUGCUGUGGAUGAAGGAUGCAUCCCAGGAGCUCGACCCAGACACCUUAAAACAAAUGGAAAAGUUUAGAAAAGUACAGAUCCAAGUGAGAAAUAGCAAAGGUUCUUUUGACAAGUUAAAGAUGGAUGUCUGUCAGAAAGUGGAUCUGCUUGGAGCCAGUCGCUGCAAUAUGCUGUCUCAUUCUCUCACUACUUACCAGAGAACAUUGCUUGGGUUCUGGGAGAAAACAGCUCAAAUGAUGUCCCAAAUCCAGGAGGCCUAUGCUGACUUUCAUCCAUAUGACUUCGUCGCUCUCAAGCGACUACAAGACAAACCAGGCAAUGUCACUGCAGACAGCAAGGAAGAAGACGCAGAAGGCAGCUGUCUUACUGCAAACCUCAACAAGGUAGCUUUGUCAGAAGAGGAAGAAAGCGGUGAGAGAGAACCAGCAGUGGCAAAAGCUCUGCCUAGAGACUCGCUGGAAGGAGAUGACUUUGAGAAGGAAUUCGCAUUUCUGAACAGCCUCCUGAGCCCCACUUCUUCGAGUGCUAGUGAGCUUACCCAGGAAUGCCAGACAGCCUGCGGGAGCCCCAGUGCUGGCCUCACAGCCCAGGAGCCUCCGGUGGGAUCCUCCCAGUUCCUCCCUUCACAGCUCUUGGACCUCGGCCUUCAUGCGGAAGGAGCUUCCAAAAGCUGGGGCUCCCAAGAGGGAUCAGAACACCCAGAUACCCUGCCACUGCCUUCACAGCGUCCAAAGAAAUUAAAAUCCCCCAACAAUGGUAACCAAGACAUGUCAGCCUGGUUCAAUCUAUUUGCAGACCUGGAUCCGCUCUCCAACCCAGACGCCAUCGGACACUCAGAUGACGGACUUCUCAAUGCCUGAUUGGGGCCCCAGGUUCAGGGGUCUCAAGGCAGCAACUGUGCAGCACUGGCCUUUGUGGAGAGGAGUCUCACUACCACCACACACAGACACAUGUGUUCAGGACAGGACAGAGGGUCUGGUGUCUGAGAAGCCCGUGUAUUUAUUGUGCUGGACGUGAAAGCUGUUGAUUGUAUGUGGAAAUUUUUAGAAACUCCCGAGUUUGCAAUACUGAGAAACCAAACUUACGUCUGAAUCUCAGGAGCAUGGCGUGUUUCUUUGGGAAGUGUUUUACAUUCAAGUCAGUUUGCUGUGAGUGGGUUAAUAGGAUAUAAAGCGGCGAUCAUUUGGGGUUAGUUUUUUGAUGCUGGCGGUGUUUUCUGUUCAGGGGAAUAGCAACAGAAUAGAAAGCUUUUUCCCUGAUUACAACGUAGAAUGAGCGAAUUCAGUCCGCUUUACUGAAAUUAGAGAAACUUGUGCUUUUCUGCAUUUGGAAGAUAAAUGCGAUGUUCCGUUCGCUCACACACGAUCAUAGAGACACCUCGUUCCGUCAUUAAUAGCAGGAUGGAAAUGGAGCAAAGACAGACCCGACAGUUUUAGACUGCUGCAGUGAUGUGAAACCUCCAGGAACUUCCACAUCACCAACAGGAGCAGUUCCUAACACCGCAUCUUGAACUCACAGAGAUCCACCUGCGUCUGCCUCCUGAGCGCUGGGAUUAAAGGUGUGCACCACCACACCCAGCCAUAUUCCCUAUUUUAUAGAUCUAGAAAUACACAAGGCUUACAGUAUUAGGACAAAGUCAGUUUAAACGUGCUCUCUUUCUGAGCUGCUUUUAAUACAGAUUACAGAUGGCAUAAAGCAAUGUGUUCUCUAAAGUGUUCAAUCUAAGUUCACACUAUUUUCCUAUUUAAAAAUCUGAGAUUUAGGGGGCUGGAGAGAUGGCUCAGUGGUUAAGAGCAUUGCCUGCUCUUCCAAAGGUUCUGAGUUCAAUUCCC